GCUGGAGGGCAAGAAAACGCUCUCGCUCUCUGCUGUUGUCCGCCAUAUCACGGAGUUAUUUGAUUUCGCCUAAAUACUGAAUAUUUUUUGUGCAUUCAAAUUCACCAACCGACGAGGGGACACGCCUGAGCGAGCGAUGCUUCUACAAAAUCUCGUCCGCGAAAGAAAACCGCAAAAGGAGGAAUUUGUGUCGUAAACGUGCCUCGGUUCUCAGGGAGGUGAAACAAUGGCAGCGCCCUAGUACACUCGUAUUUGGAGUAAACACGUCAUCAAAGGUCUGUUCCAACAUACCACACAGAGGUAUUCAAUAAAUACCAGAAUAAUUCCUAUAAUCCUGCAAGUGAAGGGGCCACUUCAUUCAAACGUACUAAUAAAGCAAAUCCAGUGUGACACAGUCUUGUGAAAAAUUGAAGACAUGAGUGAUCCAGACACAUGCAGAAUUAAAUAUGAAGAUACUGAGGAACAAAGAGAUUUGUUGAAAGAUGAAGGCGAUGAACUGAAUGAAGAUGAGGAGAAACAUCAGUGUAAGAAACCUCAGAAUCUUGUUAUGCUAGAAAUCUCUUCUAGUAGUUUGCAGAAGAACAAGAAUUUCUCACCAAAAAGAAAGCAAAGGACAGAAGCAGGCAAGUCUUUCACCUGCCCUCAGUGUGAAAAGAGUUACCAACGAAAACGUUAUCUUGAGGAGCACAUGACAAUUCACACUGGAGAGCGCCCUUACGCAUGUUCUCAGUGUGAAAAGAGUUUCAAUCGCAAAACAACUCUUGAUGUGCACAUGAGAAUUCAUGCUGAAGAGCGCCGAUUCACAUGUUCACAGUGUGAAAAGAGUUUCAGAAAAAAAAAUCAUCUUAAGGUGCACAUGAUAAUUCACACUGGAGAGCGCCCUUACGCAUGUUCUCAGUGUGGAAAGAGUUUCAAUCGCAAAACAACUCUUGAUGUGCACAUGAGAAUUCAUGCUGAAGAGCGCCGAUUCACAUGUCCUCAGUGUGAAAAGAGUUUCAAGCACAAAUCAGUGCUUGUGGAGCACAUAAAAAUUCACACUGGAGAGCGCCCAUACACGUGUCCUCAGUGUGGAAAGAGUUUCAAGCACAAAUCAGCGCUUGUGGAGCACAUGAGAAUUCACUCUGAAGAGCGCCCAUACACAUGUUCUCAGUGCGGAAAGAGUUUCAAACAAAAAUCAGCGCUUGGGGUGCACGUGAAAAGUCACUUGGAAGAGCGCCCAUACACAUGUUCUCAAUGUGGAAAGAGUUUCAAACAAAAAUCAGCGCUUGGGGUGCACGUGAAAAUUCACACUGAAGAGCGCCCAUACACAUGUUCUCAGUGUGGAAAGAGUUUAAAAAAAAAAUCAGCGCUUAAGGUGCACGUGAAAAUUCACUUGGAAGAGCGCCCAUUCCCAUGUUCUCAGUGUGGAAAGAGUUUCCAUCGCAAAACAAUUCUUGAUGCGCACAUGAGAACUCACACUGGAGAGUGGCCAUACACAUGUCCUCAGUGUGGAAAGAGUUUCAGUCGCAAAGCAAAUCUUGAGGACCACAUAAGAAUUCACACUGGAGAGCGGCCACACACAUGUCCUCAGUGUGGAAAGAGUUUCAAUCGCAAAGCAAAUCUUAAGGAGCACAUAAAAAUUCACACUAGAUUUGUAGCUCCAACUGUGGUCAUUGAUGACUCAUACAAAGCGUAUUCACUGGUACCUCUUCUCUGAAAGUCAAAAAAGCAGAUGCAGGCAAAACAUAAUCCCAACAGCUUUUGAUGGUAUAUCGUUAUAUACAGAAAUCAAGAACAGUGCUAGUUGAAAUUUCAUGUUCUGAUAUCAAGAAUGAACAUUUCUGUGAGUGAAGACAUCAUUGCCAUGGUUACUGGUAGAAAUUUAAUUCCUGUUAUUAUAUUAUAUAUCAAUUAUAUUUUAACUAGUGAUAUCACAAAUUCAUAUUCUGCUAAAUCAAAUUGCUUGACAAGGGUAUUGCAAAAUUCUACUAGUGACAAUGCGAUCACAGAUAUAAAAAGAAUAGUUUUAACUACUCAAAAUGUAAUUUUUUUGAUAUCAAGAAUUCACAUUGUUACUAGUAGAACUUCUAUUUCUGAUAUCAGGAAUAAUCGUUUUUACUAGUAAAAAAAAUCUAAACAUUAACUCCCCUUGACUUCCAUUGCAUGGACACAAAACCAUUGUGAUGUGUAAUAUCUUCAUUUGUGUUCCACAGAAGAAAGAAAGUCAUGCAGGUUUCGAUUUAACUACUGUUAGGGUAAAUAAAUGAUGCAAGAAUUUUUUGAAAGUUUUUUUUCAUAUUUUGCUCACUGAUGGUCAUUUAAUCAUCAUAUUCUUUGUGUAAUGAUUAUGUCUUAAUCUGUUACUUUAAUCAUUUAUUCAUUUGCACAUGUUUAACUACAUCCUUGUUGUUAUAUUAUGUUUGACUAUUUCUAUAUGAUGUUGCUUGUUAUCUUUUCUGAACUGUCAAGGCCACUAUGACCUAUUGAAUAGUAUACUAAUAAAAUGUAU